CCCAUCUCGUUUCACCUGGCCGGGAAAUUGGAGCACACCUGUGGUCCCAUCGCACCUGCAGAUGUGUGCAUUAGACUCACCUGGGGAGCUUCCCUCGCGCUCCCCACAUCCCUGAGUCUGGCUCAGCUGGUCUGCUGGUCUGCAGUGGAGCCAGGCAUGGUCUCUCUCUCUUUUUUUAAGCAUAACUUUUUUUGGAACAGGUAAUACUACCAACCUGGCUCAAAAGUCAGAGGCCCGCCCAGCUACCUGAUCAUCCUCCCUGAAAGGCGGCCACUGUUAACAAGUGUCCUGUGUGUCUGUAAAGAUUCUGUGCAAAUGAAGCAAAACCCUUCCACCUCUUCAUACCCUUUGUCUCUUACCAGUAUCUUAGUCCCUGCCAACUAUGUUGCCUGCUGCCAAGAAAUGUCUGACAACAAGGCAGAAGCCACUGCCGACACCCAGGUGACAACAGCGGAAGAACCAGUACAGCAGCCCAGCGUGGUGGACCGCGUGGCCAACAUGCCCCUCAUCAGCUCCACCUGCAGCAUGGUGUCGGCCGCCUAUACCUCCACCAAGGAGAGCCACCCCCAUGUCAAGACUGUGUGCGACGCAGCCGAGAAAGGCGUCAAGACCCUCACGGCGGCCGCUGUCAGCGGGGCGCAGCCGAUCCUCUCCAAGCUGGAGCCCCAAAUCACAUCGGCCGGCGAAUAUGCCCACAGGGGGCUGGAUAAGCUGGAGGAGAACCUGCCGGUCCUGCAGCAGCAGCCGGGGAAGGUCCUGACGGACACCAAGGAGCUCAUCUCAUCCAAGGUGUCAGGGGCCCGAGAAACUGUGACCAACACGGUGGCCAGUGCCAAGGACACGGUGGCCACCCAGGUGACGGAGGUGGUCGACGCAACCCGGGGUGCUGUGCAGAGUGGCGUGGACAUGACUAAGUCCAUGGUGACCAGCGGUAUCCACUCGGUGAUGGGCUCCCGCAUGGGCCAGAUGGUGCUGAGCGGGGUGGACACGGUGCUGGGCAAGUCGGAGGAGUGGAUGGACAACCACCUGCCCAUGACAGAUGCCGAGCUGGCCCGCCUCGCCACGUCCCUGGAGGGCUUUGACAUCGCCUCGGUGCAGCAGCAACGGCAGGAGCAGAGCUACUUCGUGCGCCUGGGCUCACUCUCGGAGCGGCUGCGCCAGCAGGCCUACGAGCACUCGCUGGGCAAGCUGCGGCACUCCGGGCAGCGGGCCCAGGACGCCCUGCUGCAGCUGUCGCAGGCGCUCAGCCUGAUGGAAACUGUCAAGCAGGGAGUUGAUCAGAAGCUGGUGGAGAGUCAGGAGAAACUGCACCAGAUGUGGCUCCGCUGGAACCAGAGGCGGCUUCAGGGCACGGAGGGGGAUCCGGCCAACCCAGAGCAGGUUGAGUUCCAGACUCUCACCAUGUUCCGUGACAUUGCUCAGCAGCUGCAGACCACCUGUGCCUCCCUAGGGUCCAGCAUCCAGGGGCUGCCUGCCCACGUGAAGGACCAGGUGCAGCGGGCUCGCUGCCAGGUGGAAGACCUCCAGGCCACCUUUUCCGGCAUCCACUCCUUCCAGGACCUGUCCAGCAGCAUCCUGACACAGAGCCGCGAGCGGGUCACCAAGGCCCGAGAGGCUCUUGACCACAUGGUCGAGUAUGUGGCCCAGAACACGCCCAUCAUGUGGCUGGUGGGACCCUUUGCCCCUGGAAUCACUGAGAAAGCCCCAGAAGAGAAGUAGGCUAGACAGGAAGGGGAGUGAGGGGGUGAGGGGCUCCCUCCCUCCCUGAGGGGCCAGCAAGCAGAACUGGACCCCCAGACCUUGAAACAUGCCGUUCUUACCACUCCUGUCAAUUCAGCUGCCCCCUUGGGAAACCGAGGUCCUCAAAACUAACCGGUUCAUCCUCUCUCUCUGAGCUUGGAGGAAGCAGGUUGUGAGCCUCACCUCAUCAACCAUUAGGGUGAGGUUUCCUGGAAGCUUUUUUUCUAGAAGGUUCCCCCCCAAUUUUUUUUUUCUUUUCCUAACUCAAAAACCAUGGAUAUAGUUCUUAUAGCCCACUUUGUUUUCUACAGCAAGGCCCCAGUGUAUCAGCCUUUAGCUAAUGGACUUGGACCUCUGAUCUGAACAGUGGGGCUCCUGGGGGCGGGGGAGGCAGAGUUGUGGAGGCUUAUUCUGGAGCAGAAGGGGCUGAGGCCUGCCGAGUGAGCCAUAGGUGCCUGGAGGGCCAGCGUUGCCUUAAUAAAUUUUACCUGCAGUGGA